CUGCGGGGGCACAGGGCCGGUUCUGCAGAGAAGGGCUCCGCGGUGCUGUGCGCGCUCCAUGCGGCCGGGGCACGAUGCCGCCCCGCUACCGGAGCUCCCGCUGCCGCCUGCCCUGGCUCCUCCUCCUGCUGCAGGCGCUGCUCCUCGGCAGAGCUUUCUUCGCCUUCCCGGGGGCUCGAGUCCUCUACUUCCCAUCCGAGCUGUACCUAGUCUUUCAAGAUGUCAACCACAUGGUGAUUUUUGGAUUUGGCUUCUUCCUGAUGGUUCUGAGAAGAUAUGGCUUUAGCAGCACUGGAUUCAACUUCUUGCUCAUUGUUCUUGGUGUCCAGUGCUCUGUGCUGGUACAAGAUUUAUUAGAUCUCCUUAACAUACAGCCCAGUGAAUUUGGUAUGGAAAGUCUAGCAAGGGCUGUGAUGAGCAUGACUGCUGUGGUCAUCUCCACUGGGGCUGUGCUGGGGAAGGCCAAUCCUGUGCAGUUAAUUGUGAUGAGCCUGCUGGAAUUAAUCAUUUUCCAUGUGAGCAGAUGCAUCAACAUCACAAUCCUGCAGGUGCCAGAGAACCUGACCCUGAUGCACGUGCACCUCUUUGGAGCCUACUUUGGUCUGGCAGUGACCUCCCGCUUCCCUGAGCCUCCCCCAGGGCUGGACAAGAACAGGAGCACCCCAAAGUCAGAGCUGUUCUCAGUGCUGGGCACUUUGUUUGUCUGGAUGUUCUGGCCAAGCUUCAAUUCCAUCCUGGCUGAGUCCAGGUGGCAAGCAGUGCUCAACACCUACUUGGCCCUCGCUGUGAGUGCUGUGGCUGCCUUCAUGUUGUCUGCUCUGACCUCCAAGGAUGGCAAAUUCAGGAUGGCUCACAUCCACAGUGCAGUCCUGGCUGGAGGGGUCACCAUGAGCUCCACAGCAGAAAUCAUCCAGCACCCCUGGAUUGCCAUGAUUUUGGGGUUGCUUGGCAGUGUCAUCUGCAUCCUGGGAUCUCACUGCCUACAGAGGUGCUUUAAUCCCCCUUUGAAACUUCAGGAUACUUCUGGAGUUCAUUUCACUUUUGGUUUGCCUGCUGUGCUUGGAGCUGUGGCCGCUGUUCUUCUCUGUGUGGUGGAACAAGGGAUGGUUGAAGAAUGGCGUGAUUUACCCAGUCUGGGUUAUUUGAUCUUUUUUGAAGUUGGUGCCUUCUGCCAGACCAUCAGCACUGCCUUGAUAACAGGUUUGAUUACAGGUUUUAUCUUAAACAUCAAACUGCUUAAAGCUGUGCAUGUCUCCAAGUACUUUGAUGAUCAGUUCUACUGGGAGUUUCCUCACUUGUCUGUUGGAUUUUGAGUGGAGGAUCCCAGUGCCAGACAGGAGCAAGAUAAGAUUUUCCUCUUUAUCACCAGAAAAACUGAACAGCUGUGGUGUGUUCAGAGAGCACUGAAACACCAAUUCUCAGGCCCACAAAAGCCAAAUGGACACUCAAAAAUCAAACUGUUCCAGUUAUUCUUGAAAGAUCCAGAGUGUGAAUUCACAGAUGCAAACUUCAGCUUUUCUGCUUUGUUGCCCUUACCUUAAAUAUUUUUUGUAAGAUAUGUACAAAAAGUUGGCUGCAUUCAUGGCUUAUCAAUCCCAAUGCUUGGAAACAUUACACUAUUUUUGGCUCCUGAGUUUACAAGGCAAAAGGAUGGAUUUGGAAAGUCAUUUCUCAAGGAGCACUUCUCAUCCAGCAAAGCACUCAAGUUUUUAAGCUGAAUUGAUUCUGCUGAAGGCCUUGACAAGCCAGGAUUUGCUAAGUGAAGCUGGAGCAGGGCCAGAACUCUGCAUCCUGCCAGACUGAAAAAAAAAAAUAAAUCUGGCAUUACUUGGCUGGGGCUGGAUGUGGAUGUGUUGGGAGGUUCUGAUGGCAAAAAAAAAAAAAAAAAAAAAAAAAAAAAAAAAAGUUCAGUUGUGGAUGGUGCUCCUGAAACCACUGGGGGCAGCCAAAUGUAAAACUCAACUGGAGCUCUGGGAGGGGCAGCCUGGCCCAGCACAGGGGGAAUGAGCCCCCCUGCCCCAAUUCUGAACCAGCACCCAAUUUUGGAAAUGCAGGGACUUGGAUUCUCUGCCAGUGAACUCUGUCUUUUAAUUGCAUUGUCAUCCUCAGUGUUUCUUCCUUUCAAAAAUAGUCGACACAGAAAAUCUUCCAGCAGUGCUUACCUAAUAAAGGAGUGAAAA